AUGGCUGGAAAUAAUUGGAUUUUAGUUGCAGCUAUUGACUUUGGAACGACAUACAGUGGAUAUGCGUUUUCAUUUAAAGACAAACCAAUGGACUUGCAGUCUCCCCAGACAUGGUAUGCGGGAACUACGCAGUUGGCGUCCUUGAAAACACCGACAUGUCUACUGCUUAAUGGCGACCAGACAUUUAAUGCUUUUGGGUAUGAGGCACAAAACAAAUAUGCCACUCUCGCAGGAGAUGAUAAUCAUCAUGAUGUAUUUUACUUUGAAAGAUUUAAGAUGUUACUCCAUCACACAAAGAGGCUCCAAGGGGAAACUGCAAGCAUUGUGUCUUGGAAGAAUCAUUACUUGACAGUCAGAGCUGAGAAGGAGAGAAAGACCUACCUGCCUCUAAGAGAGAGUGGGAGUAGGAUGUACUAUGUCAUCAGUGAUAUGGCUAAAAUCAACAACAUGUACAGAUUCAGUCUGGCUGCUUUCCUUAGAAUCUUCAAGAAAGCUCUUAAGACCAAACAAAGUUCAGAAAAAGUAUUCAGAGGUGUAGCUGAUUAA